UCCUGCGGAGGCUCUUGGCCUGGGUCCCUGAGGCCAGGCGGGUGCAAGUGAAGGGCGCCGGAGGGGUGAGGUUACGUCUCCCUGGAGCCCCGCGCCGCUGGCUUUUCAGCGACUUGCCGGGAGCCCGUGGCCAGAGCCCCAGACCGCGCCGACCGCCUCCCUGCACCGUGCGCCUCGCCCAUGUCUCAGUCCGCUCCCAGCUCGGACUUCAAGAGGGCUUUGGACAGCAGCCCCGAGGCCAACACUGAGAAUGACAAGACCGAGGAGGACGUGCCCAUGCCCAAGAACUACCUGUGGCUCGCCAUCGUCUCGUGUUUUUGCCCCGCGUACCCCAUCAACAUCGUGGCUUUAGUCUUCUCCAUCAUGUCUCUGAACAGCUACAAUGAUGGAGACAUCGAAGGAUCCAAGCGGCUUGGGAGGAAUGCCAAGUGGGUGGCCUUCGCCUCCAUUAUUAUUGGCCUUCUCAUCAUUGCUAUUUCUUGUGCAGUUCACUUCGCACGAAAGGCCUGAGCAGCCAGCAGCCAGCAUGGAGGACGGACCUCAUCCACACACACCCCAAAGGAGUUUCUGAGGAAUGGAUCCUUGACUUCAGACUGUGAGAUCUUUUCCUCCAGGGCUCUCCCUGGCAAAUGAACUAAAAACGAAAAGAAAAAAAAAAUGUCCACAAUUUAGGAAAACCAGGCAGCAAAGCCAGGCCAGCCAGGGUCAUUGUUUUGUUGUUUUUUUUUUUAAGAAAGAAAAUCAAGUCUCACUGUUUCAGUUUAUCAAAAGCCACUGUGUCCAUGUGUCCUUUCCUCUUCUCCAGAGAUAAGCCUCAGAAAAUCUCAUUACUUUUAAUGGGGGAGAGGGGUCCAGAUCCGGAAGGAGAGGGAGGUUCUGGGAAGAGCAAUGGAUGCUGGUGUUUGCGAUGUUGAGCACGUUUGUAGCAUGUUUAAAGGCAUCAAAUAGAGCUGAAUUUGUGGAUUGUUUCCUUUUAUUUCUACAUGUUGUAGCUUCGCUUCAGUCUUCAGUAGCUCCUCCGUCAGUUCCCCAGAGUUCACCAUCCCGUCUUUGAAGACUCCGAUGAAGGAGCUUUCUGGUCUUCUGUCUUGAUCUCACUUCUCGUAACUCCCUCCCACCCACCCCUUCCUUGCAUCCACCCCGGGUGAACUUGACCACAGCCACAGUUUUCACUCAGACUCUGAGAAUGUACUUAGUGGUCAAUUCUAGGUACACGGCCACCUUUCCCAUCCCGGUUUUGGGAAUAUGCUGGCUGUGUUUAUAGGAUGUGCUUUUAUUCAAGCUCUCUCUCCCCUCCUUCUCUCUUUAGCAAGUCUCAGGCAAGACCUCUGAUUUUCCUGGAGGCCACCUGGAAAUGCCACCCACUGUACUUACUUUCUGUCAAAUGUAAACCCUUUAGGUGUGACUAUACUGGUUUAACAAGGCCACCAUUAUUCUGCCUUCCAGAAGACGCUAACCUGGUGGUACACAAAGAUAAUUUUCAAGUCAUUUAAAGCCACGACAUUAAGUGACACCGAAUCACAAAGAACAUUUGCCCUUUUCUAUUCUUUUUCAAUCCUGAUUACAGCUCAGAGAAAGUCUCUGUGUAGUGCUCAUGGGUCCUUUGGUUCUUUUUCCUUCUUAAUAAAGAAAGAGCAGGCCUCAGGUUCAAAGUCUUGUUUAGAUAGAAUUUAAUAACUUACUGGGUUGUGUUUUCAUUCUAUGUAUUUUAUUAAUUACCUUCCAUUUAUAGCUGUCUACUUAGGGACAUUGUUUUCUGUUCAAAUACAUUUACUUAAGAAAAGGAAGUGGACUCAGAAAAUAUUAAGUGGUUAACACAACAGGUGAUAGGUAUAUAUGUCAAAAAUAACUUCAAACACUAAUAUUAGAAAUAGUGAAAAUAACUUUCCUAAGCAAGAGAAAAGGCAGCUUAUUCUAAGUGAAUGAACAAGAGGCUGAGUCAAAACACCUGAGUUCCAAAGCCUUUUCUGCCACUAACUAGCUAUGCAGGCUGAUUUCAGGCAGGUUUCUUAGCCUCUGUGCCUCACAUUUCUUCAUCUGGAAAAUGGAGAUAAGAACGCCUGCCUCCUUACCUCAGAGUGUUGUUAUGAGAAUUCAUCGCCAUGAUAGAUAUGAUUGCCCCUGGAGGGAAAUUCUAAGUGCUCUACAAAGCAUUGUUCUUAGAUAUUGUGAAUCUCAGGCGUUUGUUAAAUAUCCUGGACCCUCGCAAAAAAUAAACACUGAUGGACACCAGAUUCCACCUGUCAUUUUUCCCAGACGUCCGUCACGAGCCAGCACUUGUCCCAGGAGGACAUGAAUCAGGAACACCAGUUCUCAGCACACAGAGAUCCUGGCAUCAUUCCAGUAUAUGGGAUCCUGAUUUCUGUUUCUCACACCUUGUUUUUUGUUUGUUUGUAUUUGAGUCCCUGAUCUUCUACCCAGAUCAAAUGAAGUGUUGCUGAGAGGCAGAAUAAAAAUGGUUUUAA